UUAUUUUAAGUAUACUGAACUGUUUAGUAUAAUCAUGGCGUUUGCACCUCCUACUAAAAAUAAACAGCAGACCACUAAUAUUGCAAAAAGUACAUGGACACCUAUGACAAAUACUGGAGCAAAUUCUCAGGUUUUUGAAGAAAGAAGAACUAUAAUUCAAAAAUGGUUUGAAAAAUGGAAUGAAAAACAACGUAGAAUUGUAAUAGAUGAUAUUUUUAAAAGUUUAUCUGAGAAGCAUCUGCUUGCUGUUCAUAAUGAACUGAGGCAAAAAUUUCCUGAGGAAAAAUUUGAUUUUACAAAAAGGCUACCUAGAGUUUUAUCGCUUUAUGUAUUUUCUUUUCUUGAUCCGAGGAGUCUUUGUCGAUGUUCUCAGGUGUCCUGGUAUUGGAAAUAUCUCACAGAGCUAGAUUGUGUAUGGAGACCUAAAUGUUUAAGAUUUGGUUGGUAUCCUACGCAUCAACCAUCACAAUAUGAAGAAACUAUAUGGAAACGACAUUAUAUUGCUACAAUACAUCAACUACACUAUGUUAAAGCAAAGGAAGAACCAAAGCAUCAUGAAUUUGAUUUGAAACAGCCUGACACAGCUAGAACAGAUCGUACACAACUUUCAACUGCAAGAAGUCAUAUGUCAUCUGCUUCCACAUCGAGAAGAAAGAAAGCAAGUUUUGCACCAAAAUCUGUGCCGAUACCUGCACCAAAAUGGGAACCACCACCUUGGAAAGGGUCAGAUCCUAAUCCAACUGACACAAUGAGAUAUAAUUAUCUUGACAAUAAACAAAAGGACAAACAGAAGAAUCCAAGGAGGCCAAAGUCUGCUUCGGGUUCUGUCGUUUUAUCUGGAAGAAAAAGUGUUCAGGGACCAGUGAAGUCAAGUAUGGAACCACGACCUUCUACUGCAGUGAAGAAUUCAUCAGUGACACAAUCUCUAGAUUUACAAUCUCUUUCAAACAAACCUGUAACACAUAGUUCUGGUGGAAAAUUAGCUUCAGAAAGAAAUAUGAUGAGUGCAAGUGUUUCAAAUUUUACCUAUACUGGAGCAUCACCAAACCUACAUGGAUCUAUGAAUGGGGGUGCAACAUUACAGGCAUCUACAUAUUAUGUUAGUACAAGCAGUCCAAUACAACAUGGUAUGAGUGGAACACUGAAUACCUCAACUCAUUACACAUCUGGUCUUCAUUCACAGAGUCCAGUCUUAUCAUCUUCUUCUCCACAACAUAGCAAGACAAAUCCUCCAGAUUUGUCAAAUCUUACAAUGAAGGAUGCAACUGUCCGUCCAAAGCCAGUGGCUCGUCUAAGUACUGACAAGAGUUUUAGUCAAGAAAAAGAAAUUAAGCCUGAUGUUUCUAAACCUGAUUCAUCUCCAACUGUUCCAGCUGCAAAACCGCUUGCAAAAACCACUAAAUAUGAAAUGAAAGAAGCGGGAAAAGGUAAAUCAAUACAAUUACAAGGAAGUCCAUGGAAACCAAAAGAAGUUGGAUCGGAUGAUUCCGAUUUUUAAAUGAAUGAAAAAAUGAACUCAAUCAUUAGCAAAACUAUUUUUGGAAUUACACAAAAAAUGUCAUUCAAAAAAUGUGUACGAUCUAUCGAGUCACAUGGGCUAAACUGGAUAUAAUGCAACCAUCAGACAUUUCCUGUAACUGGGGCAGCAUGCUAUAUGCACACAGUUAAGUAAAUUAAGUUCCCUGAGUUAAUUCGAACUAUAAAGUUGGUUGGGUGGUUUGGAAGUAUGCAUACAGUAUGGUAGUAGUUAAUAGUGGUUACCAGUGUAGUAUGUGAUCUUGGUGCAUGUUUCUAAUGUAUCAUGUGAUGCACAACUACCUUCAUUAUAAACAGUAAUUAUGUUUUGACGAACUUUUAUUGCCGAAGAUCGCCAGUAAACCUAGCCUCCUGUUUGUGUAUAAUUGUAUUCUCAAGUUACAGUUAUCAGGACGCCUCACAAAUAUUUAUGUUUCAAAUGACCUAAGUUCUGAUUUUUAGUCACUUUGUACUAUGAGGAAAACACUUUGCACAUUUUUAUGCUUUUAAUGUCAUUGUGUUUAUUAUUUUUAAUUUAAUGAAUAUUUUCAUAUAUCGGUGAUAAAUUUUUAGUUUCAGAAACCUGUACUGUAGUACUGCAAUACUGUUCUUUAAUUUGUUCAGUGUUCAUGAGUAUCAUCAAAAUCAUUGUGAAUAAAUUGUAUUUUUGCA